AAAAUUAUAAAAAUAUAAAAAAGUGUUGUUUUUUUUAGUAAAAAGUUUUUAAAUAUAAAUAUUUAUGUUAUAAAAGGAGUGUCCUUACUUUUCUUACUCCGCCAAGAAGAAAAAAUAAUAUAUGUUUAUAGCCUAGUGCCCAUGUGUGUGAAUAGGUUUUUUAUACACACAUACUGACAUACCUAUACACAAGCAGCUGCAGGCAAAAGUGAAUCACGACAAGAAGAAAAAAAACUUGUGCAAACAUAAAAAGAAAACAAGAAUUUAAAUAAACCAAAAAGAAAAACAACAAAAACUUAAAGAAAACUAACGAAUUUCGAAGAAAUCCCCCCAAACAAAAAAAAAAAAAACAACCUAAAGAAGUAACGAAGAAAGUGAAAACAGUGAAAAAAUAUAUAACUAAAACCUGGUGAAUCAUUAUAUAAUAAGUGCAACAACUUUUUGUAUAUAACAAACAAAUACUCAGAUUGAUUUAGAAGAAUUUAAAAAACCCAAAGAAAAAAGUGUAUUUUUUUAUAAAAACCAAACAAAGCUUUUAGAUUCCUAAUUAUUUUUGUAUGCUUAAAACGCUGUAUAAAAAAACGCCAAACAAAGCCUUGAUCCUUCCAUUUAACAAAGCAAAAGCAAAGUGUAUUUAGAAUACUUAACAAACAAAAAUCACCACAGUAAAAAAAACGAAAGUGUACAUGUGUGUGUAAAAAUGUGUUUUUCUAGUGCUUAAAAAGCAGUUUUAAAUAUAUUUUAUAUUGUAUUUUGUUUUCAAAAAAAUAGCAUUAAAAGAAGUGCUUAAAAACUAAGAAAAAAAAACAAAAAAUAAACAACAACCCAAAAACAAAAAUUAAAAAAAAAAAAAUAAACAGGAUCCCCAAAAAACCAAAAAAAAAACACCAAUAAAGCUACUCAUAUUUAUUUAAAUAAAUAAAACAAAAUCAUCAAGCAAAAACAAAAGAAAAAACAAACAUAACACCAAAAUUUUCCCCCAACCAACCAUUUUUGCAAACCAACCUCAUACAACUUAAGGAUAACCCGCAUCAGUAACAACAACAGCAACAUUGAAACGCACUAACAACACCCAGAAAAAAAAACAAGCCAGAAGCCCCAUAUUUUUUUAUAAACAGCAGGAACCUAGGAUAGAGAUUUUGUAGAACAAAAAAAAUAAAAACAAAGGAACAACCAAAAGUAUCGAUUUGCAUCGAUAAACAAAUACGUGUCUGUGGUGGGCGCUUGUUUGAAAAUGGCGCCUCGGAUAUAGUUGUAACUUUGACGUAGCAGGCGACAUACAUGUGCCUCAUGCCUUGGAAAUCUGAGGCUCUCAUCGUUGGCCGCAUAGACAAUGACAGAAGAUUCCGACUCGAUAUCUGAGGAAGAACGCAGUUUGUUCCGUCCCUUCACCCGCGAAUCAUUGUUGAUAAUCGAACAACGUAUCGCCGAAAAUGAAAAACAAAGGGAGCUUGAUAGAAAGAGAGCCGCCGAAGGAGAGCAGCCGCAAUAUGGUCGCAAGAAAAAGCAAAAAGAAAUUCGAUAUGAUGACGAGGACGAAGAUGAAGGUCCACAACCGGAUCCUGCACUUGAGCAGGGUGUGCCCAUACCCGUUCGAAUGCAGGGCAGCUUCCCGCCGGAAUUGGCCUCCACUCCUCUCGAGGAUAUCGAUGUCUACUAUAAAGAUAUACUGACAUUUGUAGUAAUAAGUAAAGGAAAGGAUAUUUUUCGUUUUUCUGCCUCAAAAGCAAUGUGGUUGCUCGAUCCAUUCAAUCCGAUACGUCGUGUAGCCAUUUAUAUAUUAGUACAUCCUUUGUUUUCGUUAUUCAUUAUCACCACUAUUCUAACUAAUUGUAUUUUAAUGAUAAUGCCGACAACGCCCACGGUCGAAUCCACAGAGGUGAUAUUCACCGGAAUCUACACAUUUGAAUCAGCUGUUAAAGUGAUGGCACGAGGUUUCAUUUUAUGCCCGUUUACGUAUCUUAGAGAUGCAUGGAAUUGGCUGGACUUCGUAGUAAUAGCUUUAGCUUAUGUGACCAUGGGUAUAGAUUUAGGUAAUCUCGCAGCUUUGAGAACAUUUAGGGUACUGCGAGCUCUUAAAACCGUUGCCAUUGUGCCAGGUCUAAAAACCAUUGUCGGUGCUGUCAUUGAAUCUGUAAAAAAUCUACGCGAUGUGAUAAUUUUGACAAUGUUUUCCUUAUCAGUGUUUGCGCUGAUGGGCUUACAAAUCUAUAUGGGUGUUCUAACACAAAAGUGCAUUAAACGAUUCCCCCUGGACGGCAGUUGGGGCAAUCUAACCGAUGAAAACUGGCAUAUACACAAUAGCAACAGCACCAAUUGGUUUACUUUAAACGAUGGUGAAUCGUAUCCCGUGUGUGGCAAUGUAUCUGGUGCGGGGCAAUGUGAGGAAGAUUAUGUGUGUCUACAGGGCUUUGGCCCGAAUCCCAAUUAUGAUUAUACCAGUUUCGAUUCAUUCGGUUGGGCAUUCUUGUCGGCGUUUCGUCUCAUGACCCAAGAUUUUUGGGAGGAUUUAUAUCAGCACGUGCUACAAGCCGCUGGACCCUGGCACAUGCUGUUCUUUAUAGUCAUCAUCUUCCUAGGUUCAUUCUAUCUUGUGAAUUUGAUUUUGGCCAUUGUUGCCAUGUCUUAUGACGAAUUGCAAAAGAAGGCCGAAGAAGAGGAGGCUGCCGAGGAGGAGGCGAUACGAGAAGCAGAAGAAGCGGCAGCAGCCAAGGCAGCCAAACUGGAGGAGCGAGCCAAUAUAGCAGCUCAAGCAGCUCAGGAUGCAGCUGACGCAGCCGCGGCAGCUUUGCACCCCGAGAUGGCAAAGAGUCCCACGUACUCUUGUAUUAGCUAUGAACUGUUUGUUGGCGGCGAGAAGGGCAACGAUGACAACAACAAGGAGAAGAUGUCCAUACGCAGCGUCGAAGUGGAAUCGGAGUCGGUGAGCGUUAUACAAAGACAACCAGCACCUACCACAGCACCCGCUACUAAAGUCCGUAAAGUUAGCACGACUUCCUUAUCCUUACCUGGUUCACCGUUUAACCUACGCAGGGGAUCACGUAGUUCACACAAGUAUACAAUACGAAAUGGGCGUGGACGUUUUGGUAUACCAGGUAGCGAUCGUAAGCCAUUGGUACUGCAAACAUAUCAGGAUGCCCAGCAGCAUUUGCCCUAUGCCGAUGACUCGAAUGCCGUAACACCCAUGUCCGAAGAGAAUGGUGCCAUCAUAGUGCCAGCUUACUAUUGUAAUUUAGGUUCUAGACAUUCUUCAUAUACCUCGCAUCAAUCAAGAAUCUCGUAUACAUCACAUGGAGAUCUGUUGGGUGGCAUGGCAGCCAUGGGUGCCAGCACAAUGACCAAAGAAAGUAAAUUGCGCAGUCGCAAUACACGCAAUCAAUCAAUAGGUGCGGCCACAAAUGGCGGCGGUAGCGCGGGUGGAUAUCCGGAUACCAAUCAUAAAGAACAACGGGAUUAUGAAAUGGGCCAGGAGUAUACCGAUGAAGCUGGAAAAAUAAAACACCACGACAAUCCUUUUAUCGAGCCCGUCCAAACUCAAACAGUGGUAGACAUGAAAGAUGUUAUGGUCUUAAAUGAUAUCAUUGAACAAGCCGCUGGUCGGCAUAGUCGUGCUAGUGAUCGAGGUGUCUCCGUUUACUAUUUUCCCACAGAGGACGAUGACGAAGAUGGUCCCACAUUUAAGGACAUAGCCCUCGAGUAUAUACUGAAAGGCAUAGAGAUCUUUUGUGUAUGGGACUGUUGUUGGGUGUGGUUAAAAUUUCAGGAAUGGGUAUCAUUCAUUGUGUUCGAUCCCUUUGUGGAACUCUUUAUUACGCUGUGUAUUGUGGUCAAUACAAUGUUUAUGGCCAUGGAUCAUCAUGACAUGAACCCAGAAUUGGAAAAGGUUCUCAAAAGUGGUAACUACUUCUUUACUGCCACAUUCGCCAUUGAAGCCAGCAUGAAACUCAUGGCCAUGAGUCCGAAAUACUACUUUCAAGAGGGCUGGAACAUUUUCGAUUUCAUUAUCGUUGCCUUGUCUUUACUGGAGCUGGGCCUGGAGGGAGUCCAGGGCUUGUCCGUGUUAAGAAGUUUCCGUUUGCUUCGUGUAUUUAAAUUGGCAAAAUCUUGGCCCACCCUGAAUUUACUCAUUUCAAUUAUGGGCCGGACUAUGGGUGCAUUGGGUAAUCUAACAUUUGUACUUUGCAUUAUCAUCUUCAUCUUUGCCGUUAUGGGAAUGCAACUUUUCGGAAAGAACUAUAUUGAUCACAAGGAUAAAUUCAUUGAUCACGAAUUGCCCCGAUGGAAUUUCACCGAUUUUAUGCACUCCUUCAUGAUAGUGUUCCGUGUGCUGUGCGGUGAAUGGAUAGAGUCCAUGUGGGACUGUAUGUAUGUGGGCGAUGUCUCCUGUAUACCAUUCUUCUUGGCUACUGUGGUCAUCGGCAAUCUUGUGGUUCUUAAUCUUUUCUUAGCUUUGCUUUUGUCCAAUUUCGGUUCAUCUAGUUUAUCAGCACCGACUGCCGACAAUGAUACCAAUAAAAUAGCAGAGGCCUUCAAUCGUAUUUCUCGUUUUAAGAACUGGGUGAAACGUAAUAUUGCCGAUUGUUUUAAGUUAAUACGUAAUAAAUUGACAAAUCAAAUAAGUGACCAACCAUCAGGUGAGAGGAUCAACCAGAUCAGUUGGAUUUGGAGCGAAGAACAUGGCGAUAAUGAACUGGAGUUGGGUCAUGACGAAAUAAUGGGCGAUGGCCUGAUCAAGAAGGGUAUGAAAGAGCAAACCCAGCUGGAGGUGGCCAUUGGCGAUGGCAUGGAGUUCACCAUACAUGGGGACAUGAAGAACAACAAGCCCAAGAAAUCAAAAUUCUUAAAUAACACAACGAUGAUUGGAAACUCAAUAAACCACCAAGACAAUAGACUGGAACAUGAGCUAAACCAUAGAGGUUUGUCCAUACAGGACGAUGACACUGCCAGCAUUAACUCAUAUGGUAGCCAUAAGAAUCGACCAUUCAAGGAUGAAAGUCACAAAGGCAGCGCCGAAACUAUUGAAGGCGAAGAGAAACGCGACGUCAGCAAAGAGGACCUCGGCCUCGAUGAGGAGCUGGACGAGGAGGGCGAAGGCGAUGGUGAUCAGCUGGAUGGUGACAUCAUCAUUCAUGCCCAGAACGACGAUGAGAUAAUCGACGAUUAUCCAGCCGACUGUUUCCCCGAUUCAUACUAUAAGAAGUUUCCAAUCUUAGCCGGCGAUGAAGAUUCGCCGUUUUGGCAAGGAUGGGGCAAUUUACGACUGAAAACUUUUCAAUUAAUUGAAAAUAAAUAUUUUGAAACAGCAGUUAUCACUAUGAUUUUAAUGAGUAGCUUAGCUUUGGCCUUAGAAGAUGUUCAUUUACCUGAACGACCCGUAAUGCAGGAUAUCUUGUAUUAUAUGGACAGGAUAUUCACCGUGAUAUUCUUCCUGGAGAUGUUAAUCAAAUGGUUGGCGCUGGGCUUUAAAGUUUACUUUACCAAUGCCUGGUGUUGGCUUGAUUUCGUGAUUGUCAUGCUAUCGCUUAUAAAUUUGGUCGCCGUAUGGUCCGGCUUAAAUGACAUAGCCGUAUUUAGAUCUAUGCGCACGCUGCGUGCUUUAAGACCCUUGCGCGCUGUCUCUAGAUGGGAGGGUAUGAAAGUUGUCGUGAAUGCGCUGGUUCAAGCUAUACCGUCCAUCUUCAAUGUGCUAUUGGUGUGUCUGAUAUUUUGGCUUAUUUUUGCCAUUAUGGGAGUACAGCUUUUUGCUGGAAAAUAUUUUAAGUGUAAAGAUAAUAAUGGCACUGUGCUAAGUCAUGAAAUUAUACCCAAUCGAAAUGCCUGCAAGAGUGAAAACUACACAUGGGAAAACUCAGCAAUGAACUUCGAUCAUGUAGGUAAUGCGUAUCUCUGUCUAUUUCAAGUGGCCACCUUCAAAGGCUGGAUCCAGAUUAUGAACGAUGCCAUUGAUUCACGAGAGGUGGACAAGCAGCCGAUUCGAGAAACCAAUAUCUACAUGUAUUUAUAUUUCGUAUUCUUCAUUAUAUUUGGAUCAUUUUUCACACUCAAUCUGUUCAUUGGUGUUAUCAUUGAUAAUUUUAAUGAACAAAAGAAGAAAGCAGGUGGAUCAUUAGAAAUGUUCAUGACAGAAGAUCAGAAAAAGUACUAUAAUGCUAUGAAAAAGAUGGGCUCUAAAAAACCAUUAAAAGCCAUUCCAAGACCGAGGUGGCGACCACAAGCAAUAGUAUUUGAAAUAGUUACAGAUAAAAAAUUCGAUAUAAUCAUUAUGUUGUUUAUUGGUUUGAACAUGUUUACCAUGACACUCGAUCGUUACGAUGCAUCCGAAGCAUACAAUAAUGUCCUUGAUAAACUCAAUGGGAUAUUCGUAGUUAUUUUCAGUGGCGAAUGUCUAUUAAAAAUAUUCGCUUUACGAUAUCACUAUUUCAAAGAGCCAUGGAAUUUAUUUGAUGUAGUAGUUGUCAUUUUAUCCAUCUUAGGUCUUGUACUCAGCGACAUCAUUGAGAAGUAUUUCGUAUCGCCGACACUGCUGCGUGUGGUGAGAGUGGCCAAAGUGGGUCGUGUCCUGCGUUUGGUCAAGGGUGCUAAGGGUAUCCGGACGUUGCUGUUCGCGUUAGCCAUGUCGUUGCCUGCCUUAUUCAACAUUUGUCUGUUGCUGUUCUUGGUGAUGUUCAUCUUUGCAAUCUUUGGCAUGUCCUUCUUCAUGCAUGUCAAAGAAAAGAGUGGCAUAGGUCCAGUGUAUAAUUUUAAGACAUUUGGCCAAAGUAUGAUAUUGCUGUUUCAGAUGUCUACCUCAGCCGGUUGGGAUGGUGUGUUAGACGCCAUUAUCAAUGAGGAAGAUUGCGAUCCACCCGACAACGACAAAGGCUAUCCGGGCAAUUGUGGUUCAGCGACUGUUGGAAUUACGUUUCUCCUCUCAUAUCUAGUUAUAAGCUUUUUGAUAGUUAUUAAUAUGUACAUUGCUGUCAUUCUCGAGAACUAUAGCCAGGCUACCGAGGAUGUACAAGAGGGUCUCACCGACGACGACUACGACAUGUACUACGAGAUUUGGCAACAAUUCGAUCCGGAGGGUACACAGUACAUACGCUACGAUCAGUUGUCCGAAUUCUUGGAUGUGCUAGAGCCGCCGCUGCAGAUACACAAGCCGAAUAAGUACAAAAUCAUCUCGAUGGACAUGCCCAUCUGUCGGGGUGACAUGAUGUACUGUGUGGACAUAUUGGAUGCCUUAACCAAAGACUUCUUUGCGCGCAAGGGCAACCCGAUUGAGGAGACCGGCGAAAUAGGUGAAAUUGCUGCUAGGCCGGACACUGAAGGCUAUGAUCCUGUGUCCUCCACACUGUGGCGCCAGCGUGAAGAGUAUUGCGCCAAAUUGAUACAGACAGCGUGGCGACGCUAUAAACAUGGCCCGCCUGAGGAAGGUGAUGGCGAAGGCGAUGAAGGCGGAGGCGAAGAAGGCGGAGCCGAGGGCGGCGAGGGAGGUGAUGAUGCUGGAGAUGGUGGCUCAACGGCAGCAGCAGCAGCGGCAACGGCCACAUCACCCUCAGAAGGUGGCGGCGGUGGCGGCAGCAUAGGCGGUGCCGCAGCAACAGAAGCGAAUGGCGAGUUAGCCGAUGGUGGGGCUGCCGCUGCCAAUGGCGGCCCCCUCAGUCCGGGCUGUGUGAGUGGCGGCAGUAAUGGCCGCCAAACGGCCGUAUUGGUCGAAAGCGAUGGCUUUGUUACAAAAAACGGUCAUAAGGUUGUAAUACACUCGAGAUCGCCGAGCAUAACAUCCAGGACGGCAGAUGUCUGAGCCAGGCCUCGCCCCCCCCUCCAAGAUGCACGCGAGAACUAAAGCGUUAAUUUUCUGCUACUAAAUAAACAACAACAACAACAAGAAUACAAUGUACACAUACACAAACAACAACUAAACGAAACAACACCGUACAACAACAACAACAAAGCGCAAAUAAUUCUUUCAGUUAAACAUACAACGUAAAAUGAUGAAUGCAGCAAUUGAAUGAAAAGGCACAAUAAUGAAAGUAAAGUGUAGCUGCAACAACAACAACAUCGUGCAAAACAGCAGCAGCUGCAAUCAAACGAAUGUUAACAACCAGUAUGAUGAAGCAAAAACUAUAACAACAACAACAACAACUAUAACAACAAGAACAAUUUUAUAGAAAUUGUAACGUAAUAUGUUUAACAAAGACAAAAUUCUUUUUAAGAAAAUUCAAAUGUAAAUUUAAGUUUUUGUUUUUUUUUUUUUUGUUUUUCAAACAAAACCUCUAAUUUUGGUAACUUUUGGUUGGUUAUUUUGUAAUUUUUAUUUAUUUUUGAUUUUUUCAUAUGAGUUCUAUAUAAUUUAUAAAAUAAUAAUGUAUAAUGUAUAUAUAUUAAAAACAAAACGAAACAAAAAAAGUUUAUUAAUUAAAACAAAUUUAAAUGGGAUUAUAACUUAUAGAAGAAAAACCAAAAGAAGUUAAAAAAAAACAAACAGAAAUCUAUUUCAAUUUACAAGCUCUGAUAAUUGUAUUGUAAACGGGUUCUUAUGUUAUAUAUAUUUAUUGAUUGAUUUUCUUUUUUAUAAAAACAAAAUAUUACAAAAAAAAAUUUGAGUUUUUCUACAAAUUUUAUGAUGAAAACCAAACAAGAAACUUUAAUAAUAAUCAUUGUAAAAAAUAAACUAUAAUGACUUCAAUAAAAACAUAAAUAAUAACAAAUUGCUUUUUAAACAAACCAAAAGAGAAACACACAAAAAUUCAAACCAAAAAAAAAUAUUAAAAAUUUAAGCCGACUGCCAAACAUUGAAGAAUAUUUUAAAAACUAAAAACAAACAUAAAAGCACAGCUGAAAAUAAUAUUUAAAUUUACAUAAAAAAAUAAUAAUUAUAUAUACAUAACAAAUCAACAACAACCGCAAAACAAUAACAUUUAAAAUUUAUUAAAAAUAAUUUAUAACAAACAACAACAACCACUUUUAAGCACAACCAAACAACAACAAACACCACCUAAAAACAAACACUGACAUUGAAACUGAAAUUGAAAAAACAAACAACUCACCUAACCUAUAAAUCCAGGGUUAAGCUGAAUUUAAUCGGGCGAUUAAACUUGGAUUAACCAUGAAAAAAAGGAUUUAUCUACACCAAAACUACCACUAAACUAUAUACUCUAAAGAAACACCGAGACAUUCACACAAACACAAAUACUAAGAAAGACAAAACCUAUACUUGAAAAAAAAAAACCAAAAACCAAAACUUGGAGUUGGGGCGCAGAAAUCAAGAAAACUUAACCGAUACCGAUACUGAUACCGAAAACUAACGUUACGUUAACCAAAACAAAGAUGGACCUAACCAAGGGGUCACUCCCUCAGUUAAAGUCCAUUUAAGUUGAAAAAACCGGCUAAAACCAACCAAACUAGACGUGUUGUGAUGAAGAUGUUGCUUAACUCUAGAACUGACAAAAACACCAAUGACAAAACCAAAAUAGACAAACAAGAAAAAGAUGAAGAACUAAACAGUGCUGCUAAAAAACUGAAAAAAAAACACCAAAAAGGAAAGAUGUUCUCUUAAUACCAAAAAGAAAAAAAACAAAGGUGUUAUAAACAAGUUAAAGUAUAUACAAAAAGAAAAACUGUAACAGACAAAAACUGAACUGAAAUGAACAGAACUCUUGAGAAAAGACAAUUAAAAACUCCCAAAAAAACUAUAACAAAUUCUAAAAAAAGACAAAAUACCAACAAGAACAAGUGACCACGAAUGAAAUAAAAAAAUUCUAAAAAAAAGUAAAAAACUAUAACCACAAAAACUUUGAAAUACAAAUUUUAAACGUAACUAACUAAUUUACAUUUACCGAAAAAUAAAAAAGACUAAAAAUACUUUAACGAAAAUUUGUGUUUCUCCCAUUUGAGUUAACAUUAACAAUUAUCCCCCCACAAAAGAAAUUAUUUGAAAAAUGUAACCAUAAAAAAUCAAAGGUGAUGUGCUAUAAAAAAGAAGAAACGGUUGAAAUUGAUGUCUCGAAAAAAUCUAAAUCGAAAGUAACCAAACCGUUAACCUCGUAGAGAAAACAAAAACAUUUACAAUUCCACCAACCAAAAUGUUUACCAACCCAAAAAAUGCGCUCCUUGUUAUUUUUAAAAACCAAAAGAACAAGAAAAAAAUAAACGAAAUUUUUUUAAUAUAUAUAAAUUUAGAUUUUAUAACAUUUAUUAACCAAAUCAAAUCAAUAUAUUCUUCGCCUUAUUUCUAUUUUUAUUUACUGGCUUUUAUAAAUCUUUAUCAAUUUUUAUUUGCUUGUGUUUUUCGUGUCAAAAAGUUUACUAAAAAAAAUAUUUUUUCCAUACGCUCAAUAGGCUAACAAAAUUUAGUUAAUUACGUUUAAAUUGCUUAAAAAAACUAAGAAAAACAAACCCUUGACGGUCAAGGUCACUAGACUGACAGUAUAUAAAACGACAACAAAAAUAUUGCCUUUUUGAACCUAAUUCUUCCCCAAUUAUAUUGGGUUUGAGAGGACAAUAUCCCAAAAAAUCACAAGAGUUAAAUAUAAACCAUAUUUGAAGACACUAAUCUGAAAUGUUUUAAGUGUAAAAGAAACUCGCACUUUGUGGUUUAUGACAACUUUAACAUAUGUAAAAUAUAGUUGCUUUUGGCACCCGAUCAUAACAUUGGAAAUAAAGCAGUUGAUUGGUAAAUUAUGUUGAUGCGAUGAUUGCUACAUGAUUUCUAUACCAUCAAUCAUUUGCCCCCUAUACAACCAAAUCUAUAGAAAUUAAAGAAUUUGGUUUCCCACUUCAAGUAGUGCCCGAUCUUUAGAAUUAAAACUUUAACUUGUUAAAUGGAAAAUACUCCUGGAGAUUUAACUUUACAGUUAAAACUUCGGGUUUAACCUGUUGAAUGAAAAAUGGUUCUGGUGGUAUAAAAAGAUCACCAGAAAAAUUGGCGACCGAUCCAAGGCAUAAGUAUGACACUUGUUCAUUUAAACAAAAACUCUUCCCCAGACUUAUAACGUUCAGUUGAACAAGAUUAAUUAUAUUAAAAUGCAAUAUGGAUAUGCUGGAAAAAAAUAUAUCACAAGAGUAAAAGAGAGCACUACAAUAUGGGCUCCCUUGACUCAUACAACAAAAAGAUACAUCUAUUAGCACAGUGCCAAUCUAGUCCAGAACCAUAUAAAAGUCCAACCGCUUAAAGUUUCGUCUAAGAGAUCGAACAAUAGUCUUUAAUCUGAUACCCCGGAUAUCAUAGGCUUCUGGUAUUUCGGCAUGAAUAUGACUGGACCCUAGUAAUAGUGGAACUUCGGGGUGAAGUUGUACUCAACCUUUGUCAGGCGUAGCUAAGGAUACACGUAUUAAGCCGGGACUAGAAGAACAACUGCUGAGACACAUUGUAAGGUGCUAACAUUAAACACUUUUAAAAACUUCCUAUAUAUUUUUGGGUUCUUCCGUUUUAUUGGAAAUCUUACAGAAGUUUUAGUCAAUCUUUUCUAAUCCAACAGUUGUGGAAAUAUUAAUAAGUACAACUGUACCUCUCAAUUUACCAUUAUUUUUUGAAAUUUACUAAAAACUUCCAGAGAAAAUCAUUGAGUCAGCGCUCCCAAAAUGGAUUAUCUCUAUGCUUAACAAUGGGAACUAUAAAAUAGGAACUUAUGUAUCAAUAAAAAACCUGAUUCUUCCCCGUUAUUUCAAGGUUUUUUUCAACAUAUAUCUUAUUUGUACGAACUGCAAUCCCAAUAAGAGUAACCAAAGGAUAAUGACUCAAAAUGACGAAUGAUAUUACAAAGAUGUUGUAAAGCUAAAGUUCUAAAACAAAACUUUUAAAUACAUAUAAAAAUCUUCAAAAAUUUGGUUUUCAACCACAAAUUAAGAUCUUGCUAACUCUAUCAUCAAACGUUUUGCCUGUAAGUUCGACCCAAACUAACAAGGACCGCCUAAGGCUUUAAUAGUGAAAAAAUAUAAAAAUCCCUACCCCUCCAAAAAGAAAAAUGUCACAUACACUGACACGCACACAUAUUCAGCUACAUAUAAUGACACCAAAAACUAUAUACACACACACACACACUAACACAUCUGUAUAAACGCAUAUAAUCUAUUUUCUUAUUAACUUCAAAACGACUUCAGACAAAGCAAAAAAAACCAAAAUAAUUUCAAAAAACAAAACAAAACUCAACUUUCAAAAGCACCAUCCUUUUUACAGUCGCCAGUGUUUUCAAUUAAUCAAUUAUUAUUAGCAAUUAAUUGACUAAUUGUUAACAUAAACAAGAAAUUAAUCAUCGAUGUGUUUAAUCAUAAUAACUAAUUGGCUUUUUAUAAGUAUAUGUAAAUUGUAUAUUAAAAAAAUAUAAAACAAAAAAAAAACAAAAAAAAAAACAUUUAUAAGAACUUGUGUUAACUUUUUGUUAUUGUAUUUGUACCAUUUCAAAUCAAUUACAGAGCUUUAGCAUUUUUAGAAUUUUUAUAUAAAUUUUUACGUUGUAAUAAAUUUUAGGUUUUCAUUUUUCAAAUAAAUAUUGAGUUAAAGUUUUGAAUAUUAAAUGUGUUUUAUUUUUGUGUUUUUAUUAAAAAUGUAUGAGUUGAUAUUCUUAUUUAUAUUUUUAUUUUGUUGGUUUCAAAUUUUUUUUUUAAUAAUUUUUCGUAUUCAAUGUGUAUUGUUCAAGAAAAGAAAAACCAAAAUUGGCAAACGUUUUUGAAAGCUUUUGCUUUUUAAUGAAUUUUCAGAAAUUUUCAGUUUGAAAGAAAAACAAAAACGCUUCUUAAUUCAUCAAAGGCAGUGAGGAAGUUUGAGGAAAAAGUAAAUUUUUAAUUUCAGUUUGGCACUUUAUGGUAAUGAUAUAAAAGAUGGGAUUAUAUUUCUUCAUUAACUUUAAAACAACGUUUUUGAUUUGAUUUAAUUAAAAAUCUGCCAGUUUAUAAAAUAGUUUUUAAUAUUGUUAUACAUAAAAUAUUUUAAUAUUUGAACUAAAAUUAAGAACUUUCCUUUCAGAAUUGGUCUUGGCGCCCAAUUACAAAUCCCUUUCGGUAGUAACACAAUUCACUACAAACAUGAUUGUUUAUUUUAUAAUCACUCACUUCGCGGCUAUCUGAACUCUAUAAGCACAUGGCGCCCGAGCAAAGAUAUGUAAAUUACCUUUGAAUUUGAGCAUAACAUUUGCAAAGUCCAAAAAACUCUGUUCUAUUCCCGUUUAAAUGUAGUAUAUUAAAAAUCAAAUCAAUCGAAAACUUUUAUUAAAAAAAACAAAGAAAAAAUUGGCGCCCGAUCAUAGAUUCUUCAUAGGUCACUUAGAAAAUUUGAUUGUUGUGAUCAUCAAUUGUUCUUAAAGGAUUUUGGUAGAAAUAAAUGCAUUUAUGACUAUUAGAACUCUAUAAUAAUUUGGGAUCCAAGCAUAGAUAUGUAAGAUAUCAUUACAUUUGGCCAAAAUUCAGAACAAGUCGUUUUUAUUCCCCAUAUUUCUAAUUCAGAUAAAUGCAAUUUCUCUGAUGAAAAUGAAAUCACACUACAACAACUUUGUUGAGUUGAACAUUUUUCUUAAAAGGAUUUCAAUUAAAUAAAUAAACUUAUAAAUUCGGCGCCCAAUCAUAAAUCUUCAUUACUUUUAUUACAUUUGAAAUAAGAAUGCUGAUCUGAUUUCAGUUUUUUUAAGAGUCAAUUUUCAAUAUUCCCUCCUUUCAUCACGAAUAAUGAAACAAAACAAGAACAUCAAUCAAUUACCUUUUAUAAGGUAGUUUUGCAGAAGAUGUUUUAAUAAGACAUCCAUUUGGAAAGGAUUAAAAAUUUGGCGCCCGAUCAAAAAUCGUGAGUUUAAACAAACUCAGACUUUCUCUAAGUAGUUUUUAGAAAAACAAUUCUCAGCUAUUUGAUAUUGGCAACAGAGCAUACAUCUUCAGCGUUAUUAAAAUUAAAAUAUAAGUUGUUCCUAUGCAAUACGUUUUGAAGUAUAGGCGCCCGAUAUUGCAUUAAUGUUUCCAUCAUUUUGAACAAAAUAUUCAGGAAAAUAAAUCUGUUUUGCUUUUUUCCACAACUUAUUAUCCCUCACUGUCUUUGUGUUCUUCUUGUACUAACAACAAUUAAGGAAAACAACAAAUCUCUGCUAAUUAAUGUUAAAUGGUAAUCAAUUCCUUAAUAUUUCUAAUUUUUAUUUAAAUUGCGCUACAAAAGAAAUAAAAUAAAAAAGUCAAGAAACAUGUUUAAUGUUAAAGCGUUCCUUAAAUGUCGUAACAAUUCAACAACAACAAAAUCCACAAAAACACGGUUCGUUUAUAACAAAAUAAAGGUGAGAGAAUACAAGCUAAACUCAACCAAAAAGCUAUACAGCAAAAUUGUUUAACCAAAGAAAAUAUAACGCUUACAACAACAAACAAAAAAACUGCUUCAAUCUGUUUACUUUAUUUUGAGCUGAUGAUUUCGUUUGACAAACCAGAGUAAAAAAACAAAAUUAUGCAAAAAAAGGUAUAACAAAACAUUUUACAAAAACAAAAUAAAGAAAAAAACUCAAAGAAAUGUUUGCUACGCAACAGAAAAUUAAGUUUUUACAUUAAGAACUAAACUUGAGUGCACUCUUAACAGCGAGGGGCGGGCGAGAUGAAACAAAAAUUGAAAACAACAACAACAACCAAAAAAGAAACAACAACAACAAAAAACGUAAUUAAAAUAUAAUUUAUAAAUAAUAAUAACAAUAAUAAUUAGAGAAAAUAUAAUAUAAAUAAAUUAACAUCAAAAAGACAAUUUUAUAAAAUAAAUUGAUAAAACAGCAAAAAAAAAACAAACACAAGAACUUUAAAUAAAAGGAAGAGUGUUCCUUAUAAAAAAAUUAGAGAAAAGGACAGAAGAAGAAAUAAAAAAGAAACAAAAAAUAAUAAUGAAAGGAACAAUAUGCAAAAACAUUGCCAUUUAGGAAAUUUAAUAAAAUACUACAAUAAAUAAAAAAAGAAAAUCUAAAAAAAAAUAAUUAUAAUAAUAUGGUUAGAUAAAAAAAGAAAGAGAAAAUACAAACAAAAAUAAAUCCCCACUCAAUACAAAUCCCCAACCAAAACAGCAAGUCGCGUUAUUAUUUUUGCUUCUUCUACUAUAUACAAAAAUCAACAACAACAACCACUCCCCCAACAGAAAAAAAACAAAACAAAAUUAAUUAAGAGAAGAAUACAAAAAAAAAAAAAACAAACGAUAUUUUUAUUAAAAAAAUAGCUAUGAAUUUCACUGAUUACCAAAAAUAAUAAAAAAAAAUCCAAAAAAACAGAAUGAAAUAAAGAGCUUUAAGUGUGUAUAAUAAUUAUUAUAUAUAUGAACAACAACAACAAAAGAAAAACUCAAAAGAAUAUAAUUUUUAAUUUUGAACAAUUUUUUCAUAAAAAUUUUUUUCCAAACACAAAACCAAAACUGUAAAAAUCAUUCCUCCUCCCCCCUUCAAAAAGUACAUAUAUAAAUAAAUAUAUUAAAUAAUUGCUAUGCCAUUAAGCCUUUAGAUUUAUUAUUAAAAGGAAUAAAAAAAUACGAAAAAAUAAAACACAUUUUCAAAAAUUAAAAAAAAAUCAAAAAAAAAGGAAUAAUUUUUAAUUUCAUAAACAAACUGAAAAAACUCAAGGAAAUUCACAGUUGUUUUACUUUUCCUUCUGCUCCUCUACUACUCUCCUUUUCCUGAUCUUACUUUAAAUUAUCCUAAUUUCCUCGAAAACCCCGAAUGCGAUAGUGAAAAAAAAAAUCUCUAAAAAAACUUGCAUAUAUAGGGAAAAAGCAAAAAUAUAUUUAUAAAAAAAAGAAAUUACAUAUAUUUUUUAUGUAUAAAACCACAAUCCCUCCUCCCCCAACAAAAACCCCAAGCGCGAUUUCAUAACAAAACCAACAAACUUUUAAAUAUCAACAGCAAUGGCUUUUUUGUUAAUUAACAUUUCUAAAUAAUAAUAAUUAAAAUAAAAUAACAUAAAAAAGAAUCCCCAAAAAAUAAGAAAACUUAAAAAUAAUAUAAAAGAACAAAAAAAAAACUUUAGCUUUAUACAUUGUAAAUUACCUUAAUUAUAAGUAUAGCUAAUUGUAAUUAACAAAAAAGAAAAUAACAAAACAAAAUAAAUAAAACCAAACAAGUAAACGAAGCUCUGAUUUAAGAGCAAUUUAGGUAAACAAAAACAAAUAAUUUAAUUUAAUGUGUUUAAUAACAACAACAAACAAAAUACAUGAAAUCAUUUCCGAAAUUCCACCCCCCAUCCGAUUCCUACUCAUUGCUCCUUAUAAAGCAUAACAUUCUACAAAUUGAUUUCCCUACCAUAGUACCUAUAGUAUCUAUCUAUCCUUUCAUUAGACUCUCCCUUCGGACAUUGAACUCAAUUAUUAAACUUAAAAUCAUAUAAGUCAGAUUUUGUAACCAACCACCACUACUACAAGUGUGUAAAGGCGCCAUUCUUUAAACAACUCACGUAAACAUAAUCCCCCUAUCAAAUUUUUCAUUCCCACCAUCCCCCCACAAACUAGACAACUAAAAUUUGCUUCAUUUGUUUUGCCUUAAUAGAGAAUUAAUUGGAAAACAAACAAGUCAAAGACACAUUUAAAAUCAUUAAAAAACUAUUUUUUUAUUUAUCGUAAUAUAAUUAAAAACUUUUUUUUUUUAAUUGGAAGUAUGUGAAAAUGUCAAAGGAAAUUCCAAGAAAAUAUUAGUAAGCGACACAUAUAAGAAAAUUCUAUUUUGAAUGAAAUUUAGAAUUGCUAAUAAGUUUAAAGAAAUACGACUCACAAAAGAGUUUCACAAUUGGAAAGUCCAAUCUUUUAAGAAAACUAGAUGUUGAUUUUGAACUUGGUCUUGCCCUAUAAUGCUUACUAGGCUUCUGAAUCCUUCCUAUCUUUUGAGUGAAUAACGCCAAUUAUCUCCAUAUAACAUUAAUAAACAUCAGCAGCUUUAAAUAGGUACAGCAAUCGUUUAAUGGUAAUAAGGAAAACAAAUAGUUUCCUUUAAAGACAAGUCGAUUUAUAUGUAUAAAUUUUUUAAUCAUGGCCUGUGAUGAUUAUCCUGAAUCCUUGAUCAAUCAAAUUUCCCAUCUAUUUGCUGAUGUUGUAGAAAAAGGGUAAAAAAAAAAUUGGUGAAGGUAUAAAAUUUGGCGCCCGAUUAAAGAACUUCUGCAAUACUGAUAUGAUUAACCACAAAUAAGAUAGUAGUUUAAAGUACAUCUGACCUUCCCUAAGAAGUUUGUGUUAAACAAUUCUCGACUAUUUCACUUGGUAAAAGAGUAUACAUCUUUACUAGUUAAUAUGCAUUUUGGUGGCCGAUAUUCCAUGAUUAUAAAGUUGAUAUAUAGGUUUUUCUCAAAGUAUUUUUCAUUCUCUACUCAAGUUUUUUUAAUAUGAUUCUUUACAAUUGGCGUCCGAUAUCUUGUUCAAUUGUUAAUUGAUUUGUGAAUCCAUGAUACAUUAAAUUUGAAUAAUAACAGGUCUCUUUUGUCUCCAAAAAUUCAUAACGAGCGAUAUAAGUAGUCAAAUUUUACCAUGCGCUAUUAUGAUCAUUUUGGCGUCCGAUCUUAGACAUUGUUUUAGAUCUUAGAUAUUAUCUUUUUCAUAUCAAUCAUGCCCUCUCUAUGAUGCUUAAUUGGCUUGUGAAUCCAUGAUAAAUUAAAUUUCCCAUCUAAUUACAGCCAGUUUGAAUAAUAACUGGUCUCUUUUGUCUCCAAGAAUUCAUAACGAGCGAUAUAAGAAGUCAAAUUUUAACAUGCGCAAUUAUGAUCAGGUACAUUAAUCGUUUGCUGAUAAUGCAUAUGUGAACCAAAUAGUUUCCUUUAAAGAGUAGCACAUUUGAAGUUCACUAGUCUUUAAUUUUAAAAAUAAUCAAAAAUGGGAUUUGUGUCAGUAUGUGUGGGAAAUCUGCUUGUGAGAGAUCCAAAGCUUGCAGCAGGAAUGAACUUCAUUGAACUGUAGUUAACAUAUGAUUAGUGAUUGAGAAAUCUCAGUAUGCAAAUAAUCUCCCUCUAUAGUCAGAAAGAUUCAUCUAAUAUUUUUUUAAGCAAAAGAUUUCGAUUCGACGAACUGAUAUCAGAUCUACAGUUCCAAAAGACAUUUUGGAUUUGCUGAGUGUCUUGUCAAAUACUAUACAUUGAAUGGAAUUUCCUUGACUCAUACUAGAAUUUGUUUUUUUUUUAUUCUGCCCCCCUUUCUGGCCUAACAACAACAACCAAAAUUCCCCUUACACGAAUUUUCGACCUGAUAACAAACUACAAAACACUAAAAAUCUCUACGUACAAAUUUGCCUACGUGAUGUUAAUGGAAACAAAUACAUUAAACCAAAUUAAUAUAAACUACAAAAAAUGAACAUAUAAAGGACCUCUCCUUCUUCCUCCCAGAGAUAAUGAAAGUUUAUUCAUACAUAUAUAUGUUAUACACCAAAGCGAUACACAAAAACAUAGGAAAAAGAAAGAUACAUAUACAUUGUUACAAAUCAAAACAAAAUUUCCUUAAGUUGAAGUUAAUUUGGAAAUCAUUCAAUUUUUGAUAAUUACUUAAAAAAAAAAAAAACAAAACAAUAAACAACCCUUUUUCGAAAUGAAAUCAAGAAAAAACUUCUAUAGAAUAUUGAAGGCAACUAUUAGAUCUUAUUUACAUUAUGUCAAACAGAAUUCUUACAUGGAUCAUUUAUAUGAUAUUCAUGACAAAAAAAAUUAUAUGACAAGCAGAGUAUUAAUACAAUACCUCAACCAAAAAUUUAAUGUUGGACAAUUUCUUCUUUUCGCCAAGCAAACAUAAAUUUUUAUUAUAUCGUGGGCACCUUUUAAAAAUUACCGAAUAUCUGGUAAGAAAAGAAAAAAGGAUGAAUUUCACUGCAAGCUAAUUAUUCGCCAAAAAGUAUACUUUCUUACUUAAUGUUAGCAAAUCAGUUUUUGCUGGAAAUGAUUUGUUUUUACUGUAAAUAACUCUUUUUACGGAAGACAAAGUUUCUGAAGUUGUAUGCAUACAUUUAAUUUCAAAACAAUAUAGAAAGCUAUAUUGUAUACAAAUACUACGUUACAAUUUAACAUUCAUAUUGCUUUGUCUCUUUUGCUUCAGGUAAAUGAAUAGUCUUUGCUGUAAAUGAAUAAUUUUUGGCUAUAAGGAUUAUUGUUUGCUAGAAAUAAUUAUUUUCUUCAUUACGUGAGGCUUUUAGGUCUUUUUGGCAGUAAGCUAUAAAAAUGUUAUGCCGAAACUUGGCAAAUAUUCAAAGGAUUUGAAAUCAAUGUGAUCCCAAAAAAUUCAAUUCCAUUUGAAAAACAGAUUUAAAACCAAUUAUUGUAGAUCCACAUUGUUUAACCGGUAGACCAUUCUUUAAAUGUUACUAGUGUUCAAAAAUUUUUACAUUUUGGAAGUGUUACAAAUUAGCUGCUUCAGUUUUUGAUAUUCUUUUGAACAGAACGGGUUGUUUAUUUAAAUUACUAAUUUAAUCUACAAAAAUUUUAUUUCCAUUUAAAAUCCAUUUUCUCUCAUCAUAACAUGGAUAUGGCUAAUAGAAGAUGUUAAAUUUACACAUAGGCUACUGACAAAAAAAAAAAACCCAUAUGACAUUACAUAACACGUAAAUUACAGCAUACCGCGUCCUUUGCACUGAAGACCCUCAAGAACCUGACCCAUGUAGAAUCCCAUAGAUACCAUAUGCAUAGCUUUUUAUCUAACUGUCUAUCUCUCUUUCUCACUAUCGAACACACCCACUCUCUAUAACUAUCUCUGUCUAUCUAUCUAUCUCUCGAAACUUUUUUUAUGUGAAAAUUUACCGAAAAUACACCCACAACAACAAUAACACAAAAACACAAGAAACUAAUCAAUUAAAUUAACAAAACAAAAAUAAACAAUUUUUCCUGAAAAAAUAUUUUUUGCUAUGAACAUUUAUGUGAAAUAAAUACAAGAUAACAAAAUAUUUCCAUCCAAAUAGCUUUUAAAAACAUAAGCAAUUGAUUAUAAAAAAAUGACAAAAAUAAAGCCGAAAAAAUACAAAAAAAAUUAAACAUUAAUUAAAUUUAAACAAGCAAACAAAAGAUGAAAAACAAAACAAAUCAGUAAAAAAGCAAGAAAAACAAAUUUAAAAACAAAAAAUAAUAGACUGAGAUCGUUAAACAAACCACACAAAAAUUACGCCAGAUGAUAACAGACAGACAGAUCCAUUCACAAAGAAGCGAUAACAAAAAAACGCUAAAAAAGACAGAACCACUGACAUAAUUAAUAAAUUUUCUUUUGCCAUUGCAUACGCUUUACAAAGAGACAUUUGUAUAAAUAUACAUACAAAACAGCAAUAACCAAAUCAAAACAAAACAACACAAAAAAUGGCCCCUCGGUUAACCGAAAUCAGUUUUCAAUAACACAACCAGCCGCCCCAUUCACCCUAUCUAUCAUAGAAGCUAUCUCCUCUCCACUCCAGAAAAAUGCAUUGUGUAGAAGAAAACAUGCUUUAGGAUUUAUAUAAACAAAAUUAAAUAACAC